AAGCAGCGAGCCCAAGUCAUGCUUCCCAUAUAAUUCUUGCACCAGUCCCGGUCAACACCGCACCGGAUUCCCGUCUAUCUACCUGCUCACUCGGCAGCCUUUGUCAGACACUUGUUGAUUCACAUUAUCUCUACAUGUCUUUCAAGCCUGACAUGCGCGUGGUGGUCCUGAGUGUGAUGUUCCUGAUGGCUCUGGUGACGCUCUCCCAGGCAGCAUCCAUCACAAGCAUGUGCAUCAGGAACUGCGGCCAGUGCAAGGAGAUGUAUGGGGACUACUUCCACGGGCAGGCGUGCGCCGAGUCCUGCAUCAUGACGCAGGGAGUGAGCAUCCCUGAUUGCAACAACCCUGCAACUUUCAACCGCUUCCUGAAGAGGUUCAUCUAGAGACUUCGAAGAAACCACUUCAGGAGCCCCCGGAUCAGGGUCAGGUCAUCUUUGAGUCUGGGGGCUAGGGACAUCUAGAGGGCUCCUGGUCUAAGGGCACCUCGAGCCUCUGGUCCAAGAGCAUCUAGAAGACCUGUUCCAAGGGCACCAGUAGCUCAUGGUCCAAGAGCAUCUAGGGGCCUAUGGUCCAAGGGCAUCUAGGGGGCCGUGGUCCAAGGGUAUCUGUUGGCCCCUGGUCCAAGGACAUCUAGGGAUCCGUGGCCCAAGGACAUCUAGGAGCCCGUGGCCCAAGGGCAUCUAGAAACCCUUAGCCCAAGGGCAUCUAGAGACCUCUGGCCCAAGGGCAUAUAAGGACUUUUGGUCCAAAUACAUCUAGGGGCCCCUGGUUCAAGGACAUCUAGGGGCCUCUGAUCUAAGGGCAUCUAGGGGCCCUUGGUCCAAGAGUACCUAGGGGUUUUUGGUCUAAGGGCGUCUAGGGGCCCCUGGUUCAAGGGCAUCUAGGACCCUGGUUCAAAUAACUAGGGACCCCUGAUCCAAGGGUAUCGAGGACUCUGGUUCAAGGGCAUUUACGCGCUCCUGUCUCAGGAGCAUCCAGGGGCCCUUGAACCAAGAACAUAUAGAGCCCCUAGUUCAAGGACAUUUAGGUCCCCUGGUCAAAAAAUAAUCUAGAACCCCUGGUUCAAAGGCAUCUAGGGCUCCUGGACCAGGGGUAUCUAGGGGAGCCCUGGGUAAGGGCAAAAGAGGAGCCACGAUGGACGAAAGCCGCCAGAACGCAGCCAAAGUACCUUGGUCCUUCACAAACUGAUACCUAAAUACAGUCAAUUUAACGUUUUAGAUCUGAUCGAGGUUGCUUCAGGUAAUUCUCUGUUCUGCCUGAUCUCCAGGUGUUCCUCUGCUCUGCCUGAUCUCCAGGUGUUCCUCUGCUCUGCCUGAUCUCCAGGUGUUCCUCUGCUCUGCCUGAUCUCCAGGUGUUCCUCUGCUCUGCCUGAUCUCCAGGUGUUCCUCUGCUCUGCUUAUAAUUACCUGUUCUCUAAGCAUCAUAUUGUGCUCCCUGAAAGACGUCUACUCGUCAAUAAAUCCCAUCUCAAUCAUCGAUGAACCGAAGAUUUUUCUGACUCCUUUGGAGAGGAUUAAAUUUAUAUUUUCAAAAUUUCACCAGCGAUGUUUACCAAGAUUUGUUAAUCACAUAAUUAACACUGCUGGUCCUCUCGGGGCUGUACUAAAUUCCAGAACGCUCUCUUUCUUUUUACAUUUUGGUGUAAAUAUUAAAGAAGUCGCAUUGCCACGAUUGGAAAAUUGAGCAACUAACCCACGAAAUAAAUAUGAGAAGUGGAUGAUGUUUCGAUCCGUCCUAUUCCAUAACCUGAUAAUGGUCCAGACCAGACAAACUUGUUUCAGUUUUCCUUUCCAACCAAACUGUAAUUUUCUUUGAGUUCGCGUUAUACUGAAGCUUCCAGUGACGCUCUCAGUGUCUGUGUCCGACUCUCACGGGGCUGCCAUGGGCAAUACCUACAGUUUAAAAAAAAUCUGUAUACUAUAUACCAGUGGAAACCAAGUUGCAGGCUAGUAUCACCUCGUACGUAGCUUCCAAAAUCACUAGAGCUAAAACUGAUGCGUCAUCCUCGGUCUUCACUGACGAUAACACACAGGCUGUGUAACGACAUUGCAAAGACAUUUGUAAUUAUUGGGUCCCUUGUCAUUCAACCUUGUGUAAUAACAUGUUAACUUCCGUAUUUUCAAUAUCUUACAAGUUUUACACUCUUAAGAGUUCAUUUGCAAGAUCUGGGAGCGUUUCUGUAAUGUUGUACAUCAUGCUAAAUAUUUUCUAAAGUUCCUAUGUCGCUUUUUGUUCAAUGUAUUUCAAGUUCUGCCUAAGAUCACACCCAGAGGACCUCCUUCGUGCCCCAGGACAAUCCUGUUCAAUAAGAAAAGAUAAACUUGAAGUUGCUUAACUUUGUAUGACUUUAUUGUCAAUAUCACUGACGUAAACAACGAUUUCACUUAGCACAUAAUUGUUAUAGGUAUAUACUGGUGAGAAAAUAAAACAGAUUUAUAUUAGGAUAAUCCAGAAAAUUAUAUCAAGGUGACUUAUUUCCAUUAGGGCCCCUCAGAUGUUGGAAAAAAUAUAUUCUUCGUCGAACCUGUAUGGAUAAGGAUUUUUCAAUUGACAGUGUUGUUACAGGGACGGAGAAAGUGUACAACAGUUAUAAUGUGAACAGCAGGAGUUGUGAACGUGAUUGUUUUUUAAUGAAAAAAAGGAUAUGUAGUUAUAUUUAUACUUAGUUAUAUUUAUUAGUUAUAUUUAUACUCAGUUAUCUUAAUGAACUCUCCGGACUAGUAUUGUUUGUAGCGCUCCCAGAGAAAUAUAUUAGCGUUACUCCAUGUAUGGACAUAGAAUUCUCAGCAACACGUGAUUUUAAGCAUGCAAAUGACCAGCUAUGGAAGAAUACCAAUAAAAUCCUCUUCGUUCUUUCGUCAAAUUUGAAUAUGAUUUAAACUGGUCAAUAGUGUUUAAAACAUCUAUUUAUGUUCUGCCACAGAGGUUAUUUUGCAUAAACAUAUAUACGCACGUACAUGUAUAUAUAUAUAUAUA